UAACAGAUUCAUGAAAGACGGUUUGACGGAGAUGUCUAAUAAUCAAGUGGCUGGUUUAAAGCCAGACGAUGUGCAUUGGGUGCUUACCGUGCCGGCUUUAUGGAACGAUUCGGCAAAACAUUUUAUGAGGUUGGCAGCUUUGCAGGCCGGAAUAUCAGCUGACAAAUUGACUCUUGCACUCGAGCCAGAAGCGGCAUCUCUUAACUGCAGACACAUAACAGUGCAAAAAGUUGGGGACACAAACAUAUCCAAAUUUCAACCUGGGAAGAAAUAUUUAGUUCUAGACGCCGGAGGAGGAACGAUUGAUAUAACGGUUCAUGAGGUCUGUGAGGGUGGCGCACUUUAAGAGAUCCACAAGGCGAGUGGCGGGUACUGGGGAGGAACGAAAGUCGAC